UCCCCUCUCCUGCCCCCUAGACGCCGCUGCUGACACGCCUCCCGAGUCCCGAUUGAUUGAUUUCCUCCAGCCAGCGUUAAAGCAACUACGAGGGGUAGCGAGUGAGAGAGGUCUCAUCAUCUCAUCGUUCCCAUGGAGAACCGCAAGGAGGGGCAGCAGGGCGCCACGGUCGGGUGGAUGACCGUGCCGGCGUUCGGCGAGUGGGACGUUAAGAACGGCGCCGUGCCGGACUACUCCAUGGACUUCUCCAAGAUCCGGGAGAUGCGCAGGCAGAACAAGCGCGAGCUCUCCAGGGCCAGCCUCGGCGGCGACGAGGACCUCCUCCAGCAGCAGCAGCAGCAGAGUGCCAAGGCUCAGCCGCCCAAGUCCCCCGCCGCCGCCGUCGCCGACGACGACGACCACCACCGCCUGCCGCUGCACGACGACUCCCCUACGGGAAGGAAGAAGUUCCUGAGCUACUUCCAGUGCUGUAUCAGAGCAUGAAGAGUUGCAAACCUUCCUGUGGUGUCACUGUCACUGUUAGAAUUAUAGUCAUUUUCUGUAUUAUUUUAAUUCCAUGAAUUAACAUUAUGAUGAUGAUAUAUAA